AUGUUUUACGUUAAAUACGUGCAUGUACACAUACAGGCAAUCGCACGAGCAUACAUACAACUGUACAUACUAACACAUGUACAUAAAACACACAUAACACGUUGUUUAGACAUGCUUUACAUUCGUUCCAAUGUUAACUCCCUUAUUACGCAGGCGAAGAUGAAAAAAGCAAUUUUUCUGUUUAACCUACUUUUUUUUGCACUUGUAAGAAGCAUAAAAAAUUUAGAAGUCAAACGAAGAAAACAUGAAUUAACUCCUGAUUACUUGAGAAGGUACAUGAAGACCCAAUAUAAGAGAAGAUUAAUAUACACAAACAUAAAUUUUCAUAAUAUAGACAAUAAUUUUAAUAAUGAAAUUAUAAGAAAAAGGGAUUUCAAUGAUAGCGAUACAAUAUCAACUAGUUUAAGUAAAAUAAGAAAUAUUAAAAAUAUUAUUAACAAAUAUAAUUUAAAAAUAAAACGGGAAGAUAUUGAUAAUUUGAAAAUACGAACAAAAGAAUUAGUUAUAUAUAAAUAUAAUUUUGCAAAAAAAUAUUAUAUAUUAAUAUCAAAUAAAUUGAAAGAUGACUCGAGUAUAUAUAUAGAAAAAUUUAAAAAAUUUUAUAAUAUAUCAUUUGAUUAUUUAAAAGAUAAGUAUAUAAAUUGUCCUUUUUAUCAUUUUAUUUCCAAUAUUUCUUUUUUUAAUAAAUCUACACAGUUACCAAAAAUAAUAAGCUAUAAUUCAGUUAAUAUAUUAUUUUUAUUCUUUACUCUUAUAUAUUUUAGGAGUGAUUAUAUAUACACUUUUUUUAAAAAAAAAUAUGCUUUUAUAGGAGAAUUCAAAAAUAUUACAACUGAUAAACUUGUCAAAAUUCAUACCUUAUCAACUCUUCUUUUUUUCUUCUACAAAUUGUUUGUACUCAGACUUUUAUUUAUUGCUAAUUCGUAUAAUUUUUUUUCAAAAAAAUUGUAUAUAGUAAAUAACUUGAUACAUUUCCUGUUCUUCUCGUACAUUUCGGUAUUUCCUUAUUUUCUUGUCCAAGCUAAUUGGGGCAGUUUCCACCUGCUCGGCUCCAGGAGAAGUAAAAUACUAGGGGUCGUUGUUUUAUUUCAGCUAUUUUCAAUUUACAUUCGACUAUUUUUUCAAAACAAUUUAUCCUUUUUGAGGAGAUGGACAGACGAAUAUUUUUUUAAUAAAGAGGAAAUAAUUAAGAAUAUGAGGGAAGACAGGAAAAUGGACUUUUAUGUAAAUUUGUUAAAUCAAUAUGGAUUUUUAAAAAGAUUAUAUUUGGGUAACAAUAAAAUAUACGAGGUGGUAUUACAUUUGCAUAAGUACAAAUAUUUGUUGGAUAUCAUUUCACCAAUAAAUUCCUUUUUUUAUAUAUAUAUUGCACAUUCGAUUUAUUUUUAUUUAAACAAUUUAUCGUUCGCUGGCAUUUACGUUUCUUCUUUUUCAUUUGCCCUUCUCUUGCUAAAAAUUCUGUCAAAUAAAAUUGAUAUGUAUUUCUUGACGAAGUUUUAA